GAAAUGCUAUGACCCCUGGAUUCGAGAUGAAAUAGAAUAAGAUACCCCUGCACGCUCGCAACCUUGGAUCCAUUCUGGUUGUGAAUAAAACAAAACAAACGAACUGCUCGCACGCGACCUUGAUCCUAACUGAGUCUUAGAAUUCUUCAUAUUGAUACCCACACACAUACAUACCUACCUAGGUACCCAGAUAUACAAGACACAAGGAAAAAUGCACACCAAGUGCCUCGCAAGCAGCCUUGUGGCUUUUUGCCUGUCGGCGACAGCAGCAGCAGCAGCAACCGAUUUCCCCAAGGCACCUGUCACGACGAACAACAACCCUACCGUCCAGCUCAAGGCGGAGCUGCUAGACAAGAGUAACUCGACUAUCCGCGGCAAGCUUACUGCGUUUGCCUUGCCUCAUGGGAUCGGUGUCAAGGUCAAUGCUCGGUUUACGGGCCUUCCUGACGGGGAGCCGUUGAAAUACCACAUCCACGUCAACCCCGUCCCCGAAAACGGCGACUGCUACGCCACAGGCGGCCACCUGGAUCCCUACAAGCGCACCGACACGCCCCCCUGCGAUAUCGACGCGCCCGAGACCUGCGAGGUCGGCGACCUCAGCGGCAAGCACGGCCCCAUCUGGGCGGCUAAGGGCGAGGGCUUCGAUACCUUGUACACGGACUAUUUUAUCUCGACUGAGGUCGGCUCGCCGGCGUUCUUUGGUGGUCGCUCGCUCGUGGUCCAUGCUGCGGACAAUUCGAGGCUGAAUUGUGGGAAUUUUGAGGUUCAGGGUGGGGUUAUCAGGGGGUUGGGGGACUUUCAUGAGGGGGAUUAUUGAGUGAGUGAGUGACUAGGUUGGUUGGUUGUUCUUUGCGGUAGGUUUGACUUAGAUGGGGGGCGACGAUAGGGGAGUAGCUGGUGGUAUUGCCUUGGGGGUAAUAACGUUGUUUAAAUUAGAACUUGAUGGCUAUUUAUUUGGUUGUUAGAUGUUUGUUUAAAAACCAUAC